AUAAGAAAUCUAUGUCUUGCGGCUGUCCCCCGUAUACAAGUCACCUCUACCCCACACCAUCGAUAAGCUUCAUCCACAUCCACCUCUAUAUAUACCCCCUUGAUCUCACCCUCCCUUGCUCCAUCAAUCACACUGCUACUUAUUCAUUAGUUUGCAUCUUCCAUCACUACAUCUCAUUGCUAGGUCGACGACUUGCAUCAUCUAUCGUUUCUUUUCCCUCAAUCAAUCUCUAAGAUCAGAGUUGAGGGGCAGGUCGGUCGACCGGAGGGGCUGUGAAUCAUGUCUGGCGUUUGGGUGUUCAAGAACGGGGUGGUGCGUCUGGUGGAGAACCCGGGGAGCGAGCGGACGUCGACGGUGCGGCGGAAGGCGCUGCUGCACACGCCGAGCGGGCAGGUGGUGUCGUCGUACGCGACGCUGGAGGCGAAGCUGACGGCGCUGGGGUGGGAGCGAUACUACGAGGACCCGGCGUUGUACCAGUUCCACAAGCGCGGCUGCCUCGACCUCAUCUCCCUCCCCAGGGACUUCAACCACUUCUCCUCCGUCCACAUGUACGACGUCGUCAUCAAGAACAGGGAGUCCUUCCGGGUCGUCGACGCCUAGCCGGCCCUCUUCCGUCGAUGCAUGCAGUCUCUCUCGUCUCAUCAGUUCAGCUAUAUAGGGCCUCUUCUUCCAUCGUACGUAUGGCUUGAUUUCUCAUGAAGGGCUUGUUGUUGUUAGUGAUCGGGGUGUUAUAUAUGAUUGGUUGUGCUGAUUUCGUUGGGAAGUCUAGUGGUAGUAGUGAGCGAGUGUACGGUUAAUUACACACAUGUGUGCAUGCGGUACCGAUCGAGUGAUUAAUGAUAUGUAGUGUGCGUGUCCGCAAAUAUAUAUGAAUAGGUUUUCGUCGUGGUGUGCAUAUGUAUGCGUGCUUGGGAGUGUGUAAGAUCUCUGUGUUGAUGUAAUUAGUGCCCGUGUGAUGACUAUAUAUCCACGUACGUUUGAUGCA